AUGUCUGUUAAUCAAAAAGAAUACACUUGGCCGAAAAUCGUCUUGUUUGGUGAUUCAAUUACUCAGUAUAGUUUUAAGCCACAAGGAGGAUGCUGGGGAGCAUUAUUAGCUGACCAUCUUCAAAGGAAAUGUGACGUUUUAAAUCGUGGAUUCUCUGGCUUUAACUCCAGAUGGUGCAAAUUUAUGCUCCCAAAAAUAGUAACUGCGGACAUUACCAAGGACCUGGCUGGUGUAACUCUGUUUCUAGGAGCUAACGAUUCUAAUAAUGAUGAUAAUAUUCGACAACAUGUGCCAUUAAAUGAAUUUACAACAAAUAUGACGGAAAUGAUUGAAUACUUACAGUCAAUUGGAAUAGAAAGAGAAAAAAUUAUAUUGAUAACGUGUCCAGCGUACGAUAAUGAUGCAUGGGUGUCAGUGUGCCUAAGACUCGCGUGUUAUAAGGUAAAAUAUUCAGAAACCACACGAAAAUAUGCUUCUAGCUGUAAUAAAAUAGCGAAAGAAACGGGCGUAUCUCUGGUUGAUUUAUAUAACGACAUGCUGAAGCAUGAGAAUUGGAAAGAAAUGCUAGGUGAUGGUCUUCACCUCUCAGCCGCUGGGGGUCAAUUAUUAUUUGAAUCCCUUAAACCAAUAAUAGACAAAUUAACAAGUAAUAUUGAAACUAAAUUUCCAGCCUGGGAUGAAGUUGAUAUUCAAAAUCCACAGUUAAGCCUGUGA